UUCUGAGCUCACCUUCCCCCCCGCCCCACCACCCCACCCCUCCAACCCCUUCUUACUUUCUCUCUCUAAAACCCUUUUCCAUGGAUCUACGAUUCUUCCUCUCUACCAUUUGCUAAUCCGAGAAUUUUCUUCCCCUUAAUUUCAUUGCCUUUUGUUGGAAUUCAAUCUGCCCAAGAAUAAGAAACAGGAGAAUAAUUUGCUAAAGGAUGAGGGUGCCGUGUUGUUCGGUGUGCCAGAACAAGUACAACGAGGAGGAGCGGUGCCCUCUUCUACUCCAAUGCGGCCAUGGGUUUUGCCGUGAGUGCCUUUCCAAGAUGUUCACCGCCUCCCCAGAUUCCUCGCUUUCCUGCCCCCGCUGCCGCCACGUAUCCACAGUUGGGAACUCCGUUUCCGCCCUGAAAAAGAACUACGCGGUCCUGUCGUUGAUCCAGGGGGGCGAGGAUGAGGACGAGGAUGAAGAAGAAGACGAUGAUGGUAAUGAAGCUGGCCAUGAUGAUAGAACUUUUAUUACUUCUCAUAACAGUUGUGGUGGAAAUAAUACUACUGGUCAUAACAGUAGUAGUGGUGGUGUUGGUGGUUGUGUUUAUAACAAUGGGAGUAGAAGAGUGGAGGAUGGGUUUAAAGGCGGACGAAUAGAUUUGGGGGUACAUAAGGAGGUGAAGAUGGUGAAGAGGAUAGGAGAAGGGAGUAGUCGGAGAGCGGGUGUGGACAUGUGGGCAGCAGUUGUGUCGGGCCGAGGGUGUAAGCAUAAGAUGGCUGUGAAGAAGGUGGCUAUUGGAGAAGAGACUGAUGUGGUGUGGAUGCAGGGGCAGUUGGAGGAGUUGAGGAGAAAAUCUAUGUGGUGCCGGAAUGUUUGUACUUUCCACGGAGCCACUAGGAUGGAGAGUAGCCUUUGUUUGGUGAUGGAUAGGUGUCAUGGUUCUGUACAGACUGAAAUGCAGCGGAAUGAAGGGCGCCUCACUCUUGAGCAGAUCCUCAGAUAUGGAGCAGAUAUUGCCCGUGGGGUUGCUGAACUUCAUGCAGCUGGUGUUGUUUGUAUGAAUAUUAAACCAUCCAAUCUUCUCCUGGAUGAAACUGGUCAUGCUGUGGUUUCUGAUUAUGGGCUUCCGGCAAUUCUAAAGAAACCUGAUUGCAGAAAAGCUAGAAAGGAGUGUGAAUCAGUAAAGAUUCAUUCAUGCAUGGAUUGCACAAUGCUGAGCCCAAAUUACACUGCUCCAGAAGCAUGGGAACCAGUAAAAAAGUCUCUACACCUUUUCUGGGAUGAUGCUAUUGGCAUAUCUUCGGAGUCUGACGCCUGGAGCUUUGGUUGUACACUGGUAGAAAUGUGCACAGGAUCUAUCCCGUGGGCUGGCUUAAGUGCUGAAGAAAUCUAUCAAUUUGUUGUGAAGGCUAAACGACAACCUCCUCAGUAUGCUAGUGUAGUCGGUGUUGGAAUACCUAGGGAAUUGUGGAAGAUGAUUGGUGACUGCCUGCAGUUCAAGGCAUCCAAGAGGCCAACUUUUCAUUCGAUGUUAGCAAUAUUUCUUCGGCACUUGCAAGAGAUUCCUCGGAGCCCUCCAGCAAGCCCUGAUAAUGACUUGCCUAUAAGCCCCAUAAUAAAUGGGAUUGGGCCCUCUCCAUCAGCUGAGCUGGAGUUUCCGCUUGCAAAUCCCAACCUUCUACACCGGCUUGUCUCUGAAGGCAAUGUUAAUGGAGUUCGAGAGUUGCUUGCGAAGACCACUUCAGGACAUGGUCAAAGUUUAUUACGCUCACUACUAGAAGCACAAAACUCUGAUGGCCAAACUGCCCUACACCUGGCUUGUAGACGGGGAAGUGUUGAACUUGUAGAAGCUAUUUUAGAGUGCAAAGAGGCAAAUGUUGAUGUCCUCGACAAAGACGGCGAUCCUCCUCUUGUUUUUGCUCUGGCAGCUGGAUCACCUGAAUGUGUCCGUGCACUCAUUAAACGUAAUGCUAAUGUCAGGUCCAGGUUAAGGGAAGGCCUUGGUCCAUCAGUUGCUCAUGUUUGUGCCUACCAUGGGCAACCAGAUUGCAUGCGAGAGUUACUACUGGCGGGUGCUGAUCCAAAUGCAGUUGAUGAUGAAGGUGAAUCUGUGCUUCACAGAUCUGUUGCGAAGAAAUACACUGACUGUGCAAUUGUCAUAUUGGAAAAUGGAGGCAGUAAAUCGAUGAGUAUCCUGAACUCAAAACAUUUGACGCCACUGCACUUGUGUAUAAUGACAUGGAAUGUAGCUGUUGUCAGAAGAUGGGUAGAGCUUGCAUCUAAGGAAGAUAUUGCUGAUGCUAUAGAUAUCCAGAGCCCUGUGGGAACAGCUUUGUGCAUGGCAGCUGCCUUGAAGAAGGAUCAUGAACCUGAGGGUAGAGAACUUGUAAGGAUACUGCUAGCCGCCGGAGCAGAUCCAAGAGCUCAAGACACUCAACAUGCCCAAACUGCUUUGCAUACUGCUGCUAUGGCUAAUGAUGUCGAGUUAGUGAGGAUCAUAUUGGAAGCUGGUGUUGAUGUAAACAUCAGGAAUGUGCAGAAUACCAUACCCCUCCAUGUGGCAUUGGCUAGAGGUGCCAAGUCUUGUGUUGGAUUGCUUCUAUCAGCUGGGGCAAAUUGCAACAUGCAGGAUGAUGAUGGUGAUAAUGCUUUUCAUAUAGCAGCUGACACAGCAAAGAUGAUACGUGAAAACUUGGAAUGGAUCCUUAUUAUGCUUAGAUAUCCUAAUGCUGCAGUUGAUGUUAGGAAUCACAGUGGCAAGACAUUACGGGACUUCUUGGAGGCUCUUCCGCGGGAAUGGAUUUCAGAAGAUUUGAUGGAUGCACUUGUGGAGAAGGGAGUUCAUUUGUCUCCUACAGUAUAUCAAAUCGGUGACUGGGUGAAAUAUCGAAGAAGUGUCAACGAACCUACUUAUGGGUGGCAAGGUGCAUCUCAUAAGAGUGUUGGGUUUGUGCAAAGUGUCCCAGACAAUGAUAAUCUCAUUGUAUCAUUUUGCUCUGGGGAAGCUCGAGUACUAGCAAAUGAAGUCAUAAAAGUGAUUCCACUUGACAGAGGGCAGCAUGUUCAACUUAAGUCUGAUGUUGUAGAGCCAAGAUUUGGUUGGCGUGGCCAGUCGCGCGACAGCAUCGGAACAGUCCUUUGUGUUGAUGAUGAUGGAAUCUUGCGUAUUGGUUUUCCUGGAGCAUCUAGAGGAUGGAAAGCAGAUCCUGCAGAAAUGGAAAGAGUUGAAGAGUUCAAGGUUGGAGAUUGGGUUCGUAUACGCCCCAACCUGACUACCGCUAAACAUGGACUUGGAUCUGUCACUCCAGGAAGCAUUGGUGUAGUGUGCUGUAUUAGACCAGAUAAUAGUCUAUUAUUGGAACUAAGCUAUCUUCCUGCUCCAUGGCAUUGUGAACCUGAAGAGGUUGAACAUGUGGAGCCCUUUAGGAUUGGUGAUCGGGUUUGUGUAAAGCGUUCUGUUGCUGAGCCUAGAUAUGCUUGGGGUGGUGAAACACAUCAUAGUGUUGGAAGAAUUAGUGAGAUAGAGAAUGAUGGCCUUUUGAUAAUUGAAAUUCCCAAUCGGCCUAUUCCAUGGCAGGCUGAUCCUUCUGACAUGGAAAAGUUAGAAGAUUUCAAGGUAGGGGAUUGGGUUAGAGUAAAAGCUUCUGUUCCCUCCCCAAAGUAUGGUUGGGAGGACGUUACAAGAAACAGUGUAGGUAUCAUCCACAGUUUGGAGGAGGACGGCGACAUGGGAAUUGCAUUUUGCUUCCGGAGCAAACUUUUCUGCUGUUCGGUGACAGAUGUUGAGAAAGUUCCUCCUUUUGAAUUGGGACAAGAGAUUCAUGUGAUUCCAUCUGUUACUCAGCCUCGGCUUGGAUGGUCAAAUGAGACACCAGCUACUGUUGGAAAAAUUGUGAGGAUAGACAUGGAUGGUGCUUUAAAUGUCAAAGUUGCUGGAAGACAUAGUUUAUGGAAAGUUUCUCCUGGGGAUGCAGAAAGGCUUCCAGGUUUUGAAGUAGGUGAUUGGGUGCGUUCAAAACCUAGCCUGGGUGCCAGACCAAGUUAUAGCCAUUGUUCAUAGUGUACAGGAUACUGGAUAUCUGGAACUAGCUUGCUGUUUCCGCAAGGGAAGGUGGAUCACUCAUCAUAGUGAUGUCGAGAAGGUCCCUGCACUUAGAGUUGGUCAACAUAUAAAGUUCCGAACUGGACUGGUUGAGCCAAGAUGGGGCUGGAGAGGCGCCCAGCCUGAUUCUCGAGGUGUUAUUGUUGGUGUAAAUGCUGAUGGAGAGGUUAGGGUUGCAUUCUAUGGCUUACAAGGAUUGUGGAGAGGGGACCCUGCAGACCUUGAAGUCGAGCAAAUGUAUGAGGUGGGAGAGUGGGUGAAAUUGAGAGAUAAUGCAAGUAGUUGGAAAUCUGUUUGGCCUGGUAGUGUGGGUAUUGUACAAGGGAUUGGAUACGAGAAAAAUGAAUGGGAUGGAAGAGUUUUUGUUGGAUUCUGUGGAGAGCAAGAACUAUGGGUGGGAAAUACAUCUGAUCUUGAAAGAGUCGAUAAGCUCAUCGUUGGGCAGCGGGUUAAAGUUAAGAAUUCUGUCAAGCAACCAAGGUUUGGGUGGUCAGGACACAAUCAUGCAAGUGUAGGAACUAUAUCAGCGAUCGAUGCAGAUGGAAAGCUGAGAAUAUUUACACCUGCUGGCUCCAGAGCUUGGGUGCUGGAUCCUUCAGAGGUGGAGAUUGUUGAGGAAAGGGAACUCCGUGUCAAAGAUUGGGUUAGGGUCAAGCCAAACGUUUCCAGUCCUACUCAUCAGUGGGGAGAUGUAUCCCAUUCAAGUAUUGGAGUGGUUCACCGCAUGGAAGACGAAGAUCUUUGGGUGGCAUUCUGCUUUAUGGAUAGGCUAUGGCUUUGUAAAACAUGGGAGAUGGAAAGAAUAAGACCAUUCAAAGUGGGGGACAAGGUGAGAAUUAAAGAUGGAUUGGUGACUCCUCGGUGGGGAUGGGGUAUGGAAACUCAUGCUAGUAAAGGUGAGGUAGUAGGUGUAGAUGCAAACGGGAAGUUGAGGAUUAAGUUUAGGUGGCGAGAAGGGCGGCCGUGGAUUGGAGAUCCUGCUGACAUAGUGCUUGAAGAGAGCUGAACCAACCCACCCGUGUAGCCUAACGUCGUCUAACCUCACAUCAGUUUUUGGCAUUUCAACUCAUUGACAAGGUAAGAAGCACUGCAUAGCUAUCAGAAGAAAACUUACUCGAGUUGACCGCCAUGAGUGUGGUGGAAGAGACAAGGAUCACAUAUAUCUGUAACUGUUGAUAAACAGCAAGAAGAAAGAGGGGAAAGACGAGGGAUACAGGGAAAGCAAUUGCUCAGCCCAGGUCAGCUCGGCUUACCUUAAUAUAGUGAUCGUAUAUCAUUGAGCUAUAGAAAGUUAUUUGAGCUGUAGAGUAUAUAUACAAAUAAAGGUAUAGUUGGGGUAUUUAUUGGUUUAUAUUUGUAUAAAAAGAGCACUUUCACCGUAUUAGUCUGAAUGAUUUAUAGUUUUGUGAAUUCUCAGCUGCACUUGUUUAUUAUAGCUUAGUAAGUGGUUAUGGUGGGUUGAAGGAGUUACUACAUAGAGCUUCCUCCUGUAGUUGAUAAA